CUCUCGCAAACAUCUGAAUUCCGAGUGGCAACUUGCACACAGUCAACCGCCCAAGACACUUCACAUUUCAGAGGCACUGAAGGAUAUUUUAAACUCCUUUUAAGAUUUUUCGUUACAUAAAAACCUUCGGGCUCCGUGUAACAAUGGAGGCAUAUUUACGGAGCUGUCGUGAUGUGAUUAAGGGUUCUAGUAAGAACAGCCCAGGGCUGCAUGUCGUAAUGGGAAAUGAGGCUUGUGAUGUGGACUCCAUGGUAUCAGCCCUGACCUUCGCCUACUUUCUUUCAAAGAGUCUUGAUUGUAAGAGUGUACCGGUGCCUGUACUCAACAUCCCUCGGGCUGAGUUUCCCUUGCGCUCUGACAGCGUCUUUCUACUGAGAGAAACCGGUCUGUCGCCUGACUACCUGCUUUUCAGGGACGAGGUGGACCUCCACGGCCUGCACAAGAACAAACAGCUAACCCUGACCCUAGUUGACCAUAAUGUUCUUUCCAGUGCUGACAGUGAGCUGGAGGAUGCAGUUGUAGAAGUGAUUGACCAUCGUCACCUACAAAGGCCCUCAUCUCCCUCCUGCUCCAUCACAAUGGAGACCGUGGGCUCUUGUGCCACCUUGGUGACAGAACUCAUUGCCCAAAAAGCACCUGAGAUACUCGACCAACAAGUGGCUCAGCUUUUAUACGGUAGCAUUAUCCUAGACUGUGUUAACAUGGCCCCUGAGGCAGGUAAAGUCACCCCUAAGGACAGCCAGUACGCCAUCUUUUUGGAGAAGCGUUUUCCAAAGCUGCCUCCGAGGGGCGCUCUGUUUCAGUCGCUACAGAAUGCCAAGUUUGACGUGUCAGGCCUCUCCACAGAGCAGAUGCUGUUGAAAGACAUGAAAGCUGCAACCGCUGGGGAUCUGAACUUGGCUGUCAGUGUGAUUUACAUGACACUAGAGGCUUUUCUUCAGAGGCAUGGCCUACAGCAGGACCUCUGUGAGUUCUGCCACAAACACAGCUACAACCUGCUGGUCGCAAUGACAAUUUCUUUCAACGACAACAAGGAGCCCUUCCGACAGCUAGCCGUCUACAGUUCCAGCACUUUCUACAGAGAAGAGAUGAAUAAAGCACUAGAAAAAGCCAAAAACCCCAGUCUGGACCUUAAGCCGAUGAGCAGUCCAUAUCCGGACGUGAAGGCCUAUAUACAGGGUAACACACUGGCGUCCCGUAAGAAAGUAAUGCCCAUAAUCACAGACUUCCUGAAGGAGAGGGAAAGGAAAGUGGCUCAAUGUGGGAACAUGGAAGACCUAGAUCUGGACGAUUAUUCUUAUCAGGACCAGAGUGACUCACAGCAAUGUCCUGAGGACGCGGGGAUUGAGGAUGACGCUCAAUUUCCUCCAACGCCAAUGAACAGUCUGGUUGAGGGUUGUCCAUUGGACAAUGGCCUACCAAAAAUCAGCCCCGAGGUUUUGGUGGAGAAAGUUAGCAAGAUGGCCAGCAUGGAGGACUCGUCUCCUGAGGGACAAUGAUGAAAGACCUGAUGUCCAAAAGAGUCUUGGAUAUGAGCUGGAGAAGUGAAUUCCCUUUGCGUCUUCAAUAGGAUGCGGUGGUGGUGCAUCAGGGCAGGAGAAUGUAAUGGCACUUUUUUGAUCUGGUUAACUCACAAAGGUACGAUACGGUCUGAAGAGACCAUUCUGUUGACUUUCUAAGGACUGAUACAGGAUGAUUCAAAUGGAGAAUUACAUAAGUGCAUCAUAUAUAAGAUGUUUAAAGUUUGGGUGUCAUAAAAAUGACUAAAAUAUCAGGUUUAGCCCAUUUAUUUAUUGGUCUCAGUUGUAUUCAUAUUUGAUCUAAAUUACUCUUUGAUUGAGUAAUUUGUGGCUUUGACUCCCCGCACCUUUUUUUGGUGUGUGGUCCAAUCUAUAUCCAGGUAAACAUGAACUUAAUCAGUUCUAAUAUUGACGAUAUACACCCCGUGCAAGCUCGCGACUGACAAUUGAUAGAAUUAACUAAUUCCAUAUUCAUUUCCAUUAUUAUACAAGCAAUCAUAAGGUGGUAUUUAUCAUAGCUUUUGGUGCCACUUAUAUUCUUUGUAGUAUUAAAGAAGUUAUUUUUAGCCUGUCUGAUGACCACAUUUGUAGCAUGGCAUUGAUACCCGCAUUAAAUUAUUUUGACUUGUUCCUUGAUUUUUUUAAAAGUGAGUGGAAAAGGCAUUUACAGUACACGUACAGUGUUAGCCUAGCAGACAAGAGAAGUUUUAAUCUGAUACUGAUAUACACUGGUUUACUUUUUAGGUGGCCAUAAUUUGUGUUAAGCUUUGAAAGUUAGUUGCAUAUACACAUACAUAAAAAUGUACAAUAUACAUGUAUUAUAAAUAAAUAUUUCACAGUCCUGUCUGCUAGGCUUCCAGUGUGUAAACAAGCAGUUACUGUUAGGAUGAGUCAAAAUGAUGACUCGGCUCACGCAGACUCGCAGAGUACAUCGGAUUAGUACAUCUUGUCAUGAUUCCCCAUUAUUAAUAUCGUAAAAGAGUGAUUGUUGGUAAAUGGAAAGUGAGUGUGACCCCGCUGUGGCCUUUUGCAUGUUAUAGGUGUUAACUGACCUGCUCCUGGUUAGAAUCAGGGCACCUGCAUUUUACUCUUUAUUAAAUUUUACCAUUAACUACCAAAGACCUCAGCUGUAUUUGUGUGCGAGGCAUGUUUAGCAUUUAAUCACUUGAGUUUUAAAAUGUAAAAGUUCAGUAUUUUCUUGAUUUCUGUUGUUCUAUAUUACGUAAUUUAUUUGAUGAUUUAGGUUUUAAAAGUAGGGUUAAAAAAGGUUUAUCAUGAACUGUCCUUUUGAUUUGUUAUAUGGCCUUCAGCUUAUUAACAGUUAUUAGAGAUCACUCACCAUCUGACAUUCAUUAUCAAAAUCUAAAGAUCGCUUUAUACUGGACUAUCAUUUUAAUGAUAUUCAUUAUGUUAGUAAAUACAAAAGCUCAAUCUAAGGUAUUUCAAAGGCCUAAUUGGAGGAAUUUUACUUGACACGUUUAAUUGGACAGUUAUAUAAAUGUUUUUUGUUCAUAGAAGUUAAACUAGUUUAGUCAUGAUUUCACACACACAAAAAUAACCGUUAAACAAAAUAAUCAGUUAAUACUUGAAACAUAGAUGGUUUGUUAGUAUUUUGAGGUGCCGUGUAUCCCGUGUGAAUUUACCCUGACUGUUAGUUUGGUGAGAUUUGACAUGGUGACUGCAGAAGAUUGCUGCAUGCUGCCUCAGGACAAUUAAGCACACUGAAUAAUGCCAAUAUCAUAAUAAUGAUGUAUUCAAUGUUGAUUCAAUGUCAAAUUAUGAAUAUGCUAUGGUUGUGAAGCGGGAUAUUCAAGAAUGCAUUCUAUGUGAAGUAUUUUAUUGCCAUGGCCUUUUUUUAUUUCAAGUAUUCCUGGACUCAAUAUCAAUAAAACAUUUUCAUAUUGUUCCAUA